CUUCAGCUCGCAGCAAUUUAAAGAGGCGGAGAUGUCCUCCACAGGUAGUUUGCAGCACACUUGAUAUCCGUUCGGUUUUGAAGAAUAUUUCCUCGCAUCGAGCCUUUUCUAAGUGCAGUAAGCCUUCAAAGAUGGCGGCGUUCUUUUCAACAGUUGCAACGAGCUCGCCAUUGAAAAUGAAAGAACAUUCAGAAGAUCAGCCCUUGAAUAGGAGCCUUCCCCUUCUCUCUGAUGAAUGCUCUUAUGAAUGCUACUCGGUGAACCCACUGACGGGAUCCCCCUGUAUGUGCCGCAGGAGUCCCCGGCUUCUCUCUAAUGGCUACUACAUCCUUACUGAGGACAGCUUUGUAUAUGAUGACGAGGGUAACGUCAGCCUGACUCCAUCUAAAAUCAACGUAUCCUACAAAGAGAAUCUUGUCAGAAUCUUCCGCCGUAGAAGGAGGGUCCGCAGGUCGUUGGCCAGCUUCUUUAACCUGAGCAGCCCCAGUGAGUCCUGGCUAAACAGCAGCGUGUUCAGCACUCUGGACCCCCCGGCAGCUGAGUCUUCAUGGCUUGAAGGAAACUCCGAUUUGGACAACGGCUGUGGUUUCUUUUGUGAGAACAGUUCUGCUCAUUCCCAGAGCCAUACCCCCUGGUUCCCCACUGCACAGACGUCCGAAUAUGAAAGUGAAGCCUGCUACUCCAAAGAACAAUUCAGCCACUUAACAAAGAGCCUACUGGACCUUCAGCCCCCCAGCCAGCUUUUGUCACAGCCCUCUUACUCAGCGACAUCUCCCAAGCACAUAGACUUUGCUUUCAUAAGAAUCUUCUACUUUAUUGUCCUGGCCAUUUGCAUUUGCAUAGCUGUGCUUUCAAGGCUGAACAGCGGUGCCAUGAUUGUUGUUCUCCUGACCUUCGUUCUUCUUUUUUUAUCCUUCCUCCUCACCAAGUCUGACAUCUUUACCUUUGCUGGCGCUCAGAACAAAAACAAAGAGUAACUCGAAUGGCUGCUUUGGGGAUGACGGCAUACUGUCUGUGGGAAGGACCAGAGUGGACAGUGUGACCGUAUGUGGCAUACAAGACUAAAGUGAUCCAUAUUAGUGAAUCUUGGCGAGAUUCGUUUUGUCCGGACUGAGAGGGAUUUCUGAAGAACCAGCAGAAGAAAAUGUGCAGCCUGGUGAAGUUCAUAAAGCCUCUUCAGAGGAAACAAGGCACUAGACUGCAGUGACAGAGUACAUUUAA